GCUGAUUAAGAAGUACUGCCUUCUCCAGCCUCUGAUCUCCAGUUACUGUUCAAAAUGAGCAAGAUUGUUGUUUUUACCAAAGAGGACUUCAGUGGCAGAACAGCUGAAUUCAAGAACAAUGUCAACAACUUAGAAAAAAGGGGCUUCAACGACAUCAUCUCAUCUCUCAAAGUGAUUGGCGCACCAUGGGUAGCGUAUAAUGAUGUUAAUUUUGCUGGAAAGCAGCGAGUGUUUGAGGAAGGAGAAUACGCUACCCUAGAAGACAAGGGAAAGUUUUCUUCUCUCAAGAUGAUCACAGAUGAUCUGGAUGACCCUGAAAUCCAGCUGUUUGAGCACGUGAACUAUGGGGGAAGAAGUGUGACCCUGAACAGAGAAACCAAUCUUCAUGACAUUGAUUUCAGUGACAUCGCUUCUUCCCACAAAGUGAAAGGUGGUGUCUGGGUUCUCUAUGAGCACGUCAACCGUCAGGGUGCCCAGCUUGUGUCUUUCCCUGGAGAUGAAGUUCCCAGCUAUUUUCCGCUCUCCUUCAAUGAUGUAGCCAGCCAUGUGCGUCCCUUGCUGCCGAAGCCAUAGACAGCAUCAUUCAAAGUACACUCUGCAGCUGAAUAUAAACUGGAAUCCUUCUGGAAAGAACGAGGCAGGUGGAGGGGAAUGACUGAUCUUGACAAGAAACAAUGACUGUGACUCCAACAAGUCU